AGCUUGUGUGGGCGACAGGCACGCCCGUGGGAGGCAGGAGACACGCGGGCCCGGAGGAACGCAAGCUGCUCGAGAGCCUCAAGAACAACGGCGUGGGUGGUGGUGGUGGGGGUGACAGUGGGGGAGAACCGCCCACGCCCCCACAUACCCCACAGAGAGAAAAUAUCAACAUAGUGACCAGCGAGGGAAUCGCCAUCCGACCCCCGCCGCCUCCGCCCCUCGACCCCCUCCAGCAGCAGGCGCUCCAGGCCAGGAUGUUGGGUGGAGGAAACUUCUCAACCCUCCUGACCCUGGCGGCGCUGCAUGAGGGGAAGGGCGGCCACGGUGUGCCCCUGCCACCUACCCUAGAGCCCCACAAGAGCCUGCCCACCACGCCCACCACGUCUACCACAGUGACUCCCGGGCUGGCGGGUCUGUCGUUGGGCGCCGUGGGUCCGACGCCUUCCCAGCUCCUCACCGGUGGUAUGGGGGUACGAGACGCCCUUAACAAACCUCAAAUUGAUUAUUCCCGCUACGUGAAGCCCUUCAGCUCAGCUCUCGAAUGUGGCAACCUCUCCUGCAGGGAACACAAUCUAAGAGAACACUUCCAUUGCUUAGAGUGCAGCUGCAAGGUAUUUAGCAAGAAAGAAGAAAUGAUUCGACACUUCAAAUGGCACAAAAAACGAGACGAAAGCCUCCAGCACGGCUUCAUGCGCUACUCUCCAUCAGACGACUGCAGUGACCGCUUCUCAAACUGUUCACACAACCGCAAGCAGACACACUACCACUGUCUUAAGGAAAGCUGCGACAAGGUUUACAUCAGCACGUCGGACGUCCAAAUGCACGCUAACUACCACCGCAAGGACUCCGCCAUCAUGCAGGAGGGCUUCCAGAGGUUCCGCGCCUCAGAGGACUGCGGGUUGCCGGCGUGUGCCUUCAGCGGCCAACGAACCACACACUUCCACUGCAUGAGAACCUCCUGCCAGUAUACCUUCAAGAACAAAGCCGAUAUGGAAAAACAUAAGACUUACCAUAUAAAGGACGAGCAGCUGAUCAAGGACGGCUUUAAGAAGUUUAUGAAACAAGAAGAAUGUCCUUACGAAGGGUGCAAGUUUUCACGGGUUGUCAACCACAUCCAUUGCAUCAGACCCGAGUGCAACUACGUCCUACACUCAUCCGGCCAGAUCUUCGCCCACAAGAGAAAACAUGAACGCCAGGAUCACGAGAGGGCUUACCGCAAGUACAAGCUUGCCCAGACCAUGCUGGGGGUGCCAGAGGGGCACCCAGCCCUGGCGCCACUCCUGCACGAGGCACUCCGCCCUCUUGGUUCCUACGGAGGACCCCUGGUCAACCCUCUAAUGGGUCCUAUGGGUGGCCCGUUGGCUGGCGUCCCCAUGGGUCAUAGUGACCAGAGAAGUGAAGACUCUUCGUCACCGUUAGGACCAUGCCCCCCUCCCAGCACCCCUGGCACACCUGGCAACUUGCCGCCGGGACUCCAGCGUGCUCCUGGUUUGUUAAUGGGAGGCUUCCCGCCACCAGGCCUUGGCGAAUCCCAGCACCCCCUGGCUCGCCUCUUGGGUGUGACUCCGCCGGCAGCUCAUGGACUUUUCCAUGGGGGCUCCGCCACAAGUUCAACAUCGACGCCAUGCUCCUCCUCCUCUGGGCCAGGAUCCCCUGUGGACCUGAGUCUAGGGAUGGCAGGCGGCGAGGAGAGGGACUGGGAGCGCUGGCUAAGGUACCACGGGAGGGAUGAGCCGUGUCAACCUGGCUGUGAUUUGUCCAAUGUGGAACACUGGCAUUGUGAUGACUGUGAAACAGUUUUUCGUGGUCGUGAGAGUGCACGGGAACACGGGAGAGUGCACGAGCAGCAGACACUGAUCACUGAAGACCACUACACAAUGGUUACUCCGGCUGAUGACCCGCGCCCCUGCCCUCCCGACUGUCCCAUCCAGGACCAUGCCGACCACUACCACUGUAACUGGGAAGGUUGUGGCGAGGCCAUCCUGGCAGCAGGGGACAAACCCUUCCGCCGUUUGGAACACUUCAGGAUGCAUGACUACGCCCGCCGCCUCACCCUGGCACCCCCGGGUUCAGGCGGUCCCAUUGGUGUUGCCGCUGUCACCUCCGUCGACGCCAUGUUCAAACGUAAACGCGGACGCCCGCCCAAGAACAGGGUCAUCGAGGUGUGGAAUGACUACCUCCCGGUAUCGAGUGGCCAUGACUCCCCGCAGGCCAUCUUUACCAGCUUCAAGUUGCCUAAGAACUCCCCUCCGCCUCAUGGAACAGUGGGCAUGCCUAUGGGACCCCACCCUAUGACGCCGUUGGGACAUUUGGCUCAGCUGGGGCGCGAGGCCUCCCCACCUCGGCUGUCCAUUCCCAGUAGCACCAGCAGCAGCAGUUCCAGCACCACCACCACCACCAGCCCGUGUGCCACGGGGGUCCCAUCUGUCAUGCCCGGCGGCCCUCAGCCAGUCCUUCUCCCCCUCAACGGACCACUGCUCGCCAAUCCACUCCAGCCACAGGCAGAGAUAAUAGACGGGUUCUAUCCAUUUGGAGAAGGUGUUCCCUGCCCGGACCAACUGUGCCCACUGCUGGGUCGCAGGCACUAUCACUGUGCCCACCCUCGUUGCAUUUACGUCACUGCCCAUGCUGACGUUCUGCCUCUCCAUGCCCAUGACUUCCAUGAAAAUACGCCUAUCCCCGAGGGCUUCAUCGCCAUUGACCGCAAUAUUGACUGCCGUUCACCCAGCUGCCAAAGCAAUAAGGUGAACAAGCACUACCACUGCACCCGCUGUGGCUUCUCCUUCGUGCGAUAUCAGACACUCGAGUCUCAUGCUGAGAAGCACCAACAAGAAGAGGAGGGUAGUUCUUCCCACAGCCUUGGUCCCCAGUCCCCCAUCUACCUGAAGAAGCUGCGUCCUGACAGCCCCAUGGACAACACCUCAGCUACCAGUGGAGAGCCUGAGUCUCCCAGCAAGUCACAAGACUUUUCUCCUCCAGUGGUUAAGUCAUCAGGGACCUUCUACCCAUUGUCCCCCUUCCCUGCAUCGACUACAGCCGGUAUGCGGCCGUCUUCAAACAAUCGAGGGGAGGCUGGGGCGCUUGUCACACCGAUUCCGCCAUCAUCACGUCCUCAAAACUCAACAACCUACACACUACCGGUCUCUGGAAGUCUUACUAUCACCGCCACUCGCCGCUCACCGCUUCCUCAUGACAUGCACUCACCCAUCAGAGACCGCAUGGAACAGAACGAGUCGGAAGAACGUCCUGACCAAGACUCUGACCAGCCUCGGCCUAUGAGUCAUCAAGGGGACCUUUAUCAAGCCCGCAUCCUUCAGAAUCUAAAUCGAGAUCAGACACCAUUGGCAGCAGCUGCUGCUGCAGCAGCCGCAGCAGCAGCUCUGGGCUCAGACUGGCACAUUCCAGAGCGUCACCAACAGUAUGGCCCAGAAUAUUCUUGUGGGAGGCCGUUCUGUAAACUGAAGAAAAAGGAACAUUUCCAUUGUCAGAUUUGCAAUCAAGCUUUCAGUGAAUACGAGAGAUUAAAGCCUCAUCUUCUCAAGCAUGCGACGUGUGGCCCAAUGAAUCCACUAGGCAUGACCAAUACAGGAGAGGAGGAUGCAGAAAUACCAGCAGAUCAAGAGGAGGAUGGAAACAGUGUUCAACCUAAAGUGGAAUCUAUUGAACACCCUAGCAGUCCGAGGAGCCCUAUUAAUACCUCAUGCUUCAUGGGCACAACACCAAGCAUCUCCAUCAGCAGCCCAAGACAACUCAAUAACAACACCAUCAAUAACAGCAGUGGCCUCACUGGACACCAGACUGCACCACAGUUUCCCCUUGUAUACACUCAAGCUGCAAGUUUCCCCGGCCUCCCAUCCCCCUUCGGACCUCACUUAGGCAUGGCAGGAAUAUUCCCUGGUUCCUUACCACGCAUGUUGCCCCCGGCUGCUUGGCAGGUCCACCCAACCCUCGCCGCCAUGGCUCACCAGGGCCUCAUGUUUCCCGGGGUUCGUCCCAAUGGGGACCUGACGCAUGGGUCACCUGGCCCUGGAGGACUGUCAGGGUUGCACGGGUCGGGUCCAGAACCUAACCCUUUGUUGUCCCCCUCCCUUGGAACUUCUCCACACUUGGCCAUGCUGGGAAAGAGGCUUGGAGCAGAAGACUUUAACUCCCAGGAAGCCAAGAAGAUUCGUUGCAAUAACUCUCUGCGUUUGCUCAAAGAUGAGCCAGUGCCAGACGGUUACAUUCGAUUCAGGUUCAAUGAGGACUGCCAGUAUCCUCACUGCGGGUACCGUGAGCACCAGACUCACUUCCACUGCAUGAGGAAGGACUGUGGAUACUCCUUCUGCGACAAAACGCGCUUCGUGCAGCACACGGCACGCCACGAGCGGCUGGACACACUCAUGGGCGGAGAUUUCAAUCAAUUCCGUUCAAACAUCUCCUGCGGCCGUCCUGACUGUGUGUACGCCUCAAUGAUAGGGCAACAACAGAACAAGGCAUCGCAUUUCCACUGCCUCAAAUGUGACUUCGUGUGUACCGACACCAACAAGGUGGUGGCGCAUCGCAGGCAGCACCAGAAACGUGACUCCAUCAACGCUGCUGGCUUUGAGAAGUUCACGCCGUCCCAGCCGUGUGGCAUCCAAGGAUGCAACCACAACCAGAAGCAGACCCACUACCACUGUCUAAAGUGCCAGUAUGCGGUGUUAGGCCUCAGCCAGAUGUCUGCACACAAAUUCCGACACUUGGAAUGAAAUUUCUUUGGGGAGUAAUCUGCGGAGAGGCUCCCCGUGUCUCCAUCGGAGGCACUACCAUUAAUGUUUUUUUUUCUUUGUGUGUGUGUGUGUGUGUGUGUGUGUGUGUGUGUGUGUGUGUGUGAGCACAUUCGUGCGUGCGAGAGACCAUGUGUACCUGCGUGCCUGAAGGCGUAUGUGUUUGCGUGUGCGCAUGCGUGUGUGCAUGCGCACGUCUAGUAAUGCACGUACCCCUGCUUGUGUACAGGUGGUCGUCUGAGAGUUUUUUUGUGUUGUAAAAAAAAAGCGUUCAUCCCAGCUACUCGAAGAGGUAGCUGUGAAUGGCGACCAGACGAGUGGGCGCGUUUUAGAGCCCAGCGCUGCUGCAUGUGUAAGCUACAUCUUGUAGCCUUGUACAAUAGCAUACAUGUUAUCAUUAGCCUUACAUAUCAUGUAACAUACCAAGUGGUGUAGUUGUUAUACUUUUUACUGCGUCUUGUAUCCAUUUUUUUUUUUUUUUCAUUGCGAAACAGGAAAUUUUUAAGGAAACAAUAAUGUGGUCAUUGACCUUGCAUGGAGUGAAUACUCGUGAUGCACAAAGGGAAAGGUAGGGAGGCUCCGUGAGUGUGCUGCGGUGUUGUGGUUGUAGCAGUGAGCCUUAUAGUCAAGGGCAGUGGUAGGGCGUGGCUAGAUGGCCACUUCUGCUACAGGCCUACUAUCACCCACUGCCUACCGUCUAGAUGUCUACGGAGUUACAGUGUUGAUAAAUAAGAAUCAACUUAUUCAUGACUAAUAUUCCUCGAUAUAUGUGAUGCUUUUGGUAUUUAAUACCAGGAAAGAAACCUCAGACCUGUAUGAAACCCGAGUGCCUUGUUGAAGGUUAAACAACAGUGUCUUUACAAUAGUGUCUUACGUACUACAUUUGGUGUGUUGCUUGCUGGCCCGGCGGAGGCCACCACUGCCCGCCCCGCCGCCACCGGUACCCGAAUCGUCCACUCUUACACAUCAACACACAGCUUUGCUGAAUGUUACUUUAUACUAUUUAUUCUUUAGUGUUACCAAAUAUUAGUGCCAAGUAUUCCGUACUCAUUCAGUUAUUUCUUGUAGUGCCAAACAUUUUUUUUUUUCAAUUUCAUGGCAAAGAACGAGCCAAUACCAGUAAUUUUUUUUUUCUUUUUACCAGUACAUGUAUAUCACCGACUCGUUCACUUUGUAUUGCAAACUUUAGCUGUAAUGAACGGUGUUCUGAAGGUGGCAGCAUCAGAUUAAUUGCGACAAGUCUGUGGUCCCCUGUCGCAAGAGAAUUGUUUUGAACUUGCCGCGGCUGGCAGCAUCAGCAGCAUGGCGCAGGCUGCGGCGGGAGACAUGACAUCUUAGUCCUCAGGCAUUCAGGAGGAUUAUUCUAUGGUUUGGGGAGGUAAUCCAGGGUAGUUAUAAGCACCUCCUCGGCUAGAAGAUAGGCCUUCAGGCCUCUAAGCAGUAGAGUGUCAUGUUUGCUGUGAUUUAGAGAAGUAGUAUUAGGAUGAUCUGGCCAGACAGUCAGUGUGAGACAGGAGGCGGUGAGUCUGCCUCACCUCCGCCGCCCCCUACUCCCACUUCCUCAUUUACGUCACCCAUUUCGGUUUUAUUAAGCUGCUAUUAUAACUGUUCACCAUUUCUUAUGCCUGCACCUUAUUUGUCUUAACGUGUGUUGUCGUGAGUGUGGUGGGAGCCGUGGCAGGGGUGUGGUGGAGGCUAUAACGAGGCCACGCGAAAAGCAGCUACUCCGCCCACGCUCUGGACGGUGCACCGCCUGCAAGCCUCAGUUUCAGCUCACCCAGCACCGCUGAUGCAUUUAUGUACAGCUCUAUUUAUUAGCGUGGGUGGUCCCGAGUGUGGAAGGAGUCUUUAGCCACAGUGCCCGAGUCCUGCUUGCCUUAAACUUGUCCGAAUCCUUGAACUGGUCACGUCUUUGGGCCUCUGAGGACUGAAGUGUUAUAUGUGUGUGUGUGUGUGUGUCGAUAUAUAUAUAUAUAUAUAUAUAUAUAUAUAUAUAUAUAUAUAUAUAUAUAUAUAUAUAUAUAUAUAUAUAUAUAUAUAUAUAUAUAUAUAAUAUGAGUUUAGAUAGUGAUUGUGAGCGAAGACUCGCACAGACACAAGGUAGACUAACGGGAUCCACACCUUGGGACCUCCCACCUUCAUCAUCCUGGGAAAUUUACUCCAAUAAAAUGAUACAUUGA